AUGACCGCGCCCAAUACUCCCGUUAGCGCAUGCCCGAAGCCGUACGUCAAACACCCGGAAGGUGUUCAGAUCACGAAGAUUCCAUCAGCAGGCCAACAAAGUGCGUCGACUACCCAUAACUUCGUUAAACGUCCUCAUAACUGCGGACCCAAAGUGGUUCGCGUUUUCGAACCGUCGAAAAAUGGGAGCAAGUACGUCCUGUUGGAUAACGGACACUGGUACAGAUUGAGGUAUGCGUCGAAGGCCCGCCAACUGAACGGUCAGCAGCAUGUCGAAGCCGUUGGCUUGAGUAACGCGCCAGUCAUUGAUUCGGGUGAGGGUCAGCGGAAGCAGGCAGAAUCAAUUCGCCAGUGCCUUACUGGCUCGACGUCUUUAUUCAAAGCCGACACCCUCGAAGACUACAACCGAGAGGUCAAAAAGGUUCUCGCAAGGCUGAAGGAGAUGGAAAAGCAAGUUACAAAGAUUCUCAUUCUUCAACAAGGUAAGGAGGACCAAAAGGGCCAAGCCAGCGAAGAUGGAAGGGGAAGCGUUGAGGGCAAGAAGGGCAUCAAAGGCGAGAAUACAAAAAAAGGCAGCUCGCGCCGGAAGAGACCCCAGGAAAUGAAAUGGCAUGAACAUCAGUUCGUGGCAAGAAAUGGUCUGCUGAGUGCCUGGGGCAAAAACGAUGACAGGAGAGGGCACAAGUUACGACAUCGCUGCACAUGGAUUCCGGUGCCGGAGGAGAGGCCCAUUGAGCAGCUUUCGGGGAAUGUGGAAGUCCCAGGCCUGGUCUUGACGAGUCCAGAGGGGGGCAACUUCUCAUUGCGCGAUCCCACCGAGUCAUGA